AUGGGAGCGUGUCUCCUUAGCCCUGCGAGGAGGGGGCCCGCAGGUGUGGUUGCCGGCGCUACGGGCAGCAGAGCAGGGGCCAGACGCGGGAAGAGCUGGUUUUUCCCCAGAGCUUCCUCCCAGGCCAGGGAGAUGCUACCGUACCUGACUUUGGAAAGCGAGGAAGGGGCAGGCUUCGAAGAGAGGGAGGACUGUUCCAUAGAAGAUCCAAAAGAAAUCAUCAUGCUGGCUUUUCUGAGAGAGAACACUGGGAUGCAAAAGGGUCUUCAGAAUGCCCAGCAGCAAGGCAAGAAGAAGAGGAAGAAAAAGAGAUGAUUGGUGAUCAAUUUAUCCAGCUGCCGGUACGAGAGCGUGCGUAGGGCAGCUCAGCAAUAUGGCCUUAGAGAGGGAGGAGAAAACGAUGACUGGACUCUCUACUGGACAGACUACUCAGUGUCGCUGGAGCGCGUGAUGGAAAUGAAAAGUUACCAGAAAAUCAAUCACUUCCCUGGGAUGAGUGAAAUCUGCCGCAAGGACUUGCUGGCCAGGAAUAUGAGCCGCAUGUUCAGGAUGUUCCCUAAAGAUUUCCACUUUUUCCCUAGGACUUGGUGUCUUCCUGCUGACUGGGGAGAUUUGCAAACCUACAGCAGGUCAAGAAAAAAUAAGACAUAUAUUUGUAAGCCGGAUUCAGGCUGCCAAGGGAGAGGUAUAUUCAUUACCCGGACGGUGAAAGAAAUCAAACCAGGGGAGGAUAUGAUCUGUCAGCUGUAUAUUUCAAAGCCCUUUAUCAUUGAUGGGUUCAAGUUUGACCUACGGAUUUAUGUGCUGGUGACAUCCUGUGACCCUCUCAGGAUUUUUGUGUACAAUGAAGGGCUGGCCCGCUUUGCUACGACCUCCUAUUCCCCCCCUUGCACAGACAACCUGGAUGACAUCUGCAUGCACCUGACUAAUUAUUCCAUUAAUAAGCACAGUUCGAAUUUCAGUCGAGACGCUCACUCUGGCAGCAAGAGAAAGCUGUCCACGUUCAAUAUGUACAUGGAGAAGCACAGCUACGACGUGGAGCGGAUAUGGAGGGACAUCGAGGACGUCAUCGUCAAGACGAUCAUCUCGGCUCAGCCCAUCAUCAAACACAACUACCACACCUGCUUCCCCAACCACACUUUCAACAGCGCCUGCUUCGAAAUCCUGGGCUUUGACAUCUUGCUGGACCGCAAGCUCAAACCCUGGCUGCUGGAGGUCAACCACUCUCCAAGCUUCUCCACCGACUCCUGGUUGGAUAAAGAGGUGAAGGACAACCUGCUGUAUGACACCUUUGUUCUGAUCAACCUGAGAAGCUGUAACAAAAAGAAAGUCUUGGAGAAGGAGAGACAACGAGGGCGGUUCCUGCAGCAGUGUCGUUCUCGGGAGAUCAGGACUGAAGAAGCCAAGGGUUUCCAGGCCUCGUGGUUGCAGAAAACUGAGAAGUACGAGAAGGAAAACUGUGGAGGGUUCCGGCUGAUUUAUCCCAGUCUGAACUCGGAGAAGUAUGAGAAGUUUUUCCAGGACAAUAGCUCCCGCUUCCAGAAUACUAUUGCGUCCAGGGCUCGGGAGGUGUAUGCCCGGCAACUGAUCCAGAAGCUGAGACUAAAAGAGGAGAAAAAACCCUUCCAGACCAAAGAGAGGAAGGUAGAGAUGCUGGGGGAACUGGCAGGCGAGCAGGCCAGAGGCAACGGUGCAAGGACCUGGCGACAGAAACAACAGAAACGAGAGGGUGCUACCCACGCCACCCCCAAACAAUACUCCCAGCCAUUGACAUCAAUGUCCUGCACACCCAACUUGCUCUUGGGUGUCAGAAACGAAAAGAAAAAUGAAACAGACCGCAGCCUCGACCAGGAGGCCCCUAAGAAGGAGGCUGGUCCUCUUCCCCCAAAGCCUACGUCUGCAAGGCAGUACAGCUCUGCACCCGACCUCGGGAAUUCAAGACUCAGGUGCUCCAGGCUGGAGCUCAGUAAACCCAACCCCAAAAUCAAGGAGACCAAGUCUGCCACCGCAGUGAACAUAUGCACUGGCACCGUGCCCUUAACCUCAGUAGAAACCUCCCCAGAAUCCACCACCCAGAUCUCAACCUCCCCAGAGUCUCUGCCAACGCGGUCCACGUCUGCCACCUCUGAGUGCAGUAGCCCAGAGAUUGACGGGAUGGUCUCCUUUAAACACAGCCAGCAGCAGAUCUCCCAGGAGCGCAUCCAGGAAAAAAUAUCGAAAACUUCUCUGUCUACAAAAUCCCUUAGCUUCUCAGGGAGUCUGAACCCGAGCUGGGCGUCACUAAAGAAUGACGUGAAGAAGCAGCAGCUGAUGUCAGAACUAUUCACCAAGGUUCACCUGAGGAGGCAGCUGUCCUCGUUCCCAGCUCACUACAGCACAAAGCUGGUGACCAGUAGACAGUCACGAAACGGCUCCCUGCCCGUGGAGUGUUACUUCCGCAGCCGCAGCUCUGGUGAGAAGAGGCAGCCGGAUGUGGCCUCCCUCCUCCUUUUGCAGAGUCCUCAAAGCUACAAUGUUUCUCUGAAUGACCUGCUGGUGGCUACUCCAGCCCGCCUGGAUCCGAGGCCCAGCAGAAGCCGGACAGGUGCUGUGAGGGACCUGAGGACACAGGAUCGGGGAGCGUGCAGUCACUGCCUGAUCUCUGGCCACCAAGGAUGUGAGAGGACCUAG